GUAGUGUUCGCAUUUCAAUAAUAACUUUCAAUAUUACUUUACUAUUUUGUCAUUAUAUGUACUAAGAGCAAUGUUGUUCAUUAUUGUUGCAUUGAUUGCGUGUUUCGCAUAUAUGGUAGUAAAUUAUUUCAUUCAAAAAUGGUUUCUUGUCCAAACGGUGAUGAAAACUUUACCUGGUCCAGUCCGACUGCCACUUAUCGGUACUUCAUAUAUCUUUCUACAACAAAAAUCUGAAGAUUUUCUAAAUAUUCUCAUGCGGAUCUGCAAAAAAUACUCAUCUCCAUUUCAAUUAUGGAUGGGUCCUCAACUAACCAUCGUCAUAUAUGAACCAAAUGAAGUAAAGAGAGAGAAGCGGAACUGAAAGAGAUGAUGAAGAGAUUCAGAAAAUACUUAGAGAAGAAGGAGCUGAGCCUAAGCGCAGACAAAUCGAAAGUAUUGGUUUUCGAAAACGGAAGAGGAAGAAGAAAGAAGAGAGAAUGGAAAUGGAAAGAAGAAAACAUAGAGGAAGUUAAGGAGAUAAGAUAUCUUGGCUACACGCUACAAAAAAACGGAGGCGCGGAGAAACAUACAAGGGAAAGACUACGAAGAGCAACAAUAGCAAUGAAAAGGACAUGGAGCAUAGGAGAAAGAAUAUUCAAAGAAGACUUCAGAAGAAGAAUAAAAAUGUUUGAAGCACUAGUAGGAAGCGUGACCCUAUACGGGGCAGAAGUAUGGGGCUGGAGAGACGAAAAAACAUUAGACGGAAUAAAAAGGAAAUAUGCAAAAUGGAUACUAAAUCUGGACAGAGGAACACCGAACUAUAUACUGCUGGAGGAGACAAAAAUGGAAGAGAUCAGAAUACAGGCGAUCAAAAGAGCACUCAGAUAUGAAGAAAAAGCGAGACAAUCAGCUGUUAUAUUAUUAACACCACAUAUCAUCAUAUGAUGUUAUACGAAUAACCUUUGAAAACUAAAAACGGUAUUUACGUCAUGCGUGAUCUAUGCCGCAGAAAUCAGAAAAAAUAAAAGUAAAAGCAAUUUGCUUUCAACCAUUCUGUUAUGUGCUUUUAUAUUACAUAUACGAUCGUUACAUUACUUACUAUACAUGGAGAAAUCGAUUUAGCUCACGAUAUUUUUGUUAAUAUUAACAAUAAAAACAUCAUUGAAAUCACAAUAUAAUACUAAUAUAGCAUAGAAGCAAAUAACAGGACAAUUAAGAACAACUUUAUUUCUAUUUUUUCUGAUUUUUGCGACAUAAAACAGUCACCGUGCGACGUAAAUACCGAAUUUAGUUUUGAAAGGUUAUUACAUUAUUAGGGAUUUCGUUUUUUUUAAUUUAAUCUUUACAGGUUCUACAGCCGAUAACACGAUGUCCAUAUUUAAUUUUAUUUUAUCUAUUUCAAUGGUUUCAUUUACUUUAAAUAUGAAACUUCGUAUCAACGUUGCUAGAAUAGCUUACAUAGACAUCAUUCCAUAUUUCAUACCUGCAAGUUUUUCAAUUAUAUGUAAAUCAAUUUUAUUAUAAUACAUAAUAAUUUAUUUAUGUUUACCUAUGCAAUUUCUUGGCCCGUCGCUAAAAGGAGCAAAAUAAAACAAAUGAUAAUUUUUUAUAUUUUCCGGAAGAAAUCUAUCCGGAUCAAACACCAAUGGAUUCGGCCAGUACUUUUUAUUUCGAUGCAUUUGAAUAAAUGAGAUAAGAAUAUCAGUAUGUUUUGGUAAAACAUACUGAUAUUCUUAUCUCAUUUAUUCAAAUGCAUCGAAAUAAAAAGUAUUGGCCGAAUCCAUUGGUGUUUGAUCCGGAUAGAUUUCUCCUAAAACAUAUCUCCUAAAACAUUUUUAAAAAUAAUAUCCAGAUAUAAACUUUGCAAAGAAAAGUAUGAUAGAAACGUAGCAAUCUUCUUAUUAAAAUAAAAUUAAGAUAAAAUAAAAAUUAAUAUUCUGAUAGGCAUAUUAUUAGAAUAAUAGAAUCAAUACCAGUAUAUUAAUUAAAAUAAAUAAAUUUCUAUGUAAAUAUGUAUUUAUUGUUAACCUUUUUUGAAAUUUUUGUCGUAAUAAAAUAUGAACAAAUUAAGAUUUUUGAAUCUUAAUUUGUUCAUGUUUUAUUAUGACAAAUUAAUAAAUUUCAAGAAAAAUUAACAAUUAAUAUAUCCUCAUUUAUAAAAAUUAGUAAACCUAUUUUGAAGUCUUCCGUCACUUGUCGUGCGAUAAUAGGAACAGUAGGAAAAAUUCUCAAAGUUUCCUUAAUAACACGUUCCAAAUAGUUCAUAUGUUGUAGAUCCUCAUAUUUAACCGGUGCUGCCUUUGGAGUUUGUGUACCAUAAAUUUCCAACAACUCUUUGUAUACUUUUUCCUAUUAUAAAGUUAAAUAAAGUAAAUAUGUACAUAAUAAUACAA